GGAGAGUUUGCCAGUUUGGAUCAAGAGAAUUCUGAGCCAUUUCACCUUCAUUUCAACCAGUCCUGUAUGAAGAAUGGCAACUGAGGCUUAUAUUCCAGAAUUCAUAUCUAUAACAAAAGGAGAAGCAGAAGAAAAAAAUUUGACAAGGGUGCAGCUUGAUGCAACUGCUGAUGAAAAUUACCCUGGAGAAUUGAAGAAUGUAGAAGGUGCACUGAAUGAUCCUCCUGAAAUUUUUGAAUACUCAGAAAAAACCAAAAACAUGCAAGUUGCAAAUGACAUUGCCAUUGAAACAGAGAGUACAGUCAAUAAAGGCAAUGUAGGAACCUCUGAGGGUGAGAGUUUUUUGGAAUCACCCUCGGUUUCCAAGGUUGCUCGUGAAGAAACUGACAGAGUAUCAGAAGAUUAUCAGGCUCGUGAAAUUCCAAACCAGGCAGAAAAGGAGAUAUUCAGGGAGGAAACCAAGCUGCAGAAAUAUAAAAACCUUGAGGGUGCAGACGAGACAGGAAAGGUGGAAAAUGAAGGCAUGGAAGAGAUAAAAGAAGGAGAAGAGAAGGUAGCCGAGGAAUUGGGAGAAACAACCUUCCAGACCAACCCUACACCUAUUCAAAAGGAAUUGGGAGAAACACGCUUUGGAGAAGGCAAAGACAAGGAAUCAGAGAAGUCCUCCAUUUUGAUGGGUAAGGAGAAUGAUCCUGAAGCAGAAGAGAUAGAGCAUGAGAGUGAUGAGGGAAAGAAAAUCCCAUAUGAUGGCACUGGAGAUGUGACCAUGACAACAGCUGCAGCUAGUACAGACGAAACAACCUUGAAGGAAGCUGGAAUUACAUUCAAAGAGAAAAGCCAAGAUACAAUUGUAUUAAGUGAGAAGCUGAAAGAUGCAACUCCAGUUGAAGGUGAAAUUCAAGAUCAAAGCAAACUGGAUACUCCUUUUGUUACACAAACAGAAGACUUAGGCUUACAGAAAGCAGAUAAACCUGAGAUACUCAAAGAAGUAUCUGAAACUGGGACAGAGGAUAUCAACAUGAAAGAAAUUCCAGAUGACAAGAAUCUCCCACAAGUUGAUUUAAAUGAGAAGAUUGAAAGUGAAGAAGCUGAGAUUCUAAACAAGAAUUCCAAUGAGUUACUUGUUAGCUAUCCCUCAGUUGAAGAAACAGUACAAGUGGAAGGUGAUAAGCUGGAUGAAAUUUCCAAAUUUGAACCUCAUGAACAAGUUCAUGAAACAAAUGGAGUCUCUAUAGAAGAGAAAAGGCAUUUUGAAGAGGCAACUGAAGUACACAAAAGCACAGAGAGCUUAAUCUUAGAGCCUAUAUCUAUAGAAGGGGAAAAGGCAAGCAAAACAUAUGCUGAGGCAAUAGAUUAUGGUUUAGACACUGAAGAGGAAUCAAAGGAGAAGCAAGAUGGACAGAACAAAGAAGAGGAGAUACAAAAGAAGGAAGAAGCCUGUGAUCCAGAGAUACAUAAAAAUGCCACAAAAAGUAAUGACACUGAAAAAGGAAUAAUAGAUGAAGAUGUCUCAGCUAAAGUAAGUGAUUCUUCAUGCAUUGGAAAUGAGACAAUUCAGAAAAGCUUUCAAGUGGAUUAUCUCAAUGAAGAACCAUCAGCAUUGACUAGUGAAGGCAAGAGUAAGAAAGCAGAAGAUGAUGUUAAGGACAACAUUAUACCUGAAGAGGUGCAUGAUGAGAUCAAAAUCACAGGUGCAACAGAGGGCACUAGAGAACUGAUCGUAGAAGAAGACGAUGUUACAGAAGGAUUGCCAGAAUCUAUUGAAGAAGAAACAGUAAAGAGCUUUCAAGACGAUGAAAAGGUCUUAUUGGCAGAUGAGAAGUCAAGAGGAGAAGAAGACAGCAAAGAACAGACCAUAGCAGACAGUGUUGAAGGCACACCAGGAUCCACCAAAGAAGAGAACUUUACAGAUAAUGAAAAGCAAGAUGAGAAGUGCAAAGAAGAGUCUCUUAUGCAGAUUUUUGAGUCAUCUGAGAUGGCUAGAGCAGUUGAAUGUGUUGAAAGUGAGAAAAUCCUUGACACUUCAAUGGUGAAACCAAAAGAGAGUUUGCAGGGUGAAGGUGAGAACCAGGUUCCAAUUGAAAUUUCCAGAGAGGAGAGAAGAGAUGAGCAUAGGUAUUCUGUCGUGGAUGAAGAUAAUGAUGACAAUACUGGGCUAGUUGAAGUUAAAUAUAGUGGUAAAGAGGAAACAUCAAAGGGUGAGGAAAACACAGAGUGGAUCUCACAGAAAGAUGAAACAGGAGAGAAGCUUGAACAGUCGAUAAAUGUGAUGUCUAAAGUAACAGAGGCAAUUAAUUCAAGUGAAUAUACUGAAAAAAUUACCUACAUUGAAGAGGAGCAAGCCAUCCAGGAUGUUGAAGAAACCUUUGAGAAGGAAGAAACAAAUGAUACCAAAGACAGCGAAGAGAGGGGAACUGCAAGCGAGGAGGAUCUCAAACCAGCUGCAGUGGCAUCCGAGAUGAGCAAAACCACAGAGAGCACAGUUUUGGAAUUGAAAUCAGAAAAAGGUGAAAUGGAAGUAGGAAAGCUCGAAAAAGGAAAUGAGUUGGGCUCCGAAGAGAGAUUCAAGGGAAACGAUGCCACGGAAGAUACAGAAGAGGAGAUAAAGAAAGAAGAAACUUAUGAUGCAGAUUUGCAUAAAGUCGAAACCACAUGUGAUGACACUGAGAAAAGUAAGAUAGAGGAAGAUGCUCUUAUCAAGGAUGGCAGCACGGUAUGGAUUGGGGAAGAAACAGUUGAGCUCAGCUGUCAAGAGGAUGAAGAUGGACAAAAUGGUAAAGAGAAAGCAGCACUUAAAUUGAAUGGUGGAGAUCAUAGUGUCAGAACAGAUAAUGAGACAGAGAAUUCAACAGAUCAAAUUAUCAGAAAAGAGAUUGCUGUCAUCAGUGAGGGCACUGAAAAGCACACCAUAAAGGAAGAACACACUGCUAUUGACAUAUCACCACAAUCCAGUGGAGAAGAAACACAUAAGAGUUCUCAAGAAGAUGAAACUAAGGAAGAGGGGGAGAAGCCCAUAGUCAAGAUGUGUGAGGAACUGGAGACAACCACUGUGGGUGAAGGCAUUGAAGGACAGAUUUUAGAGGGAAACACUAUUCAGGACCACUCUACAGUUCCCACUGAAGUAGAAGAAACAGAAGAUAUCUCUAAAGACAAUGAAAUGAUGGCAAAGAUACCCAAACCAGAGGUAUGUAAGACAAUUGGUGCAUUCCAGGACCAUUCUACAGAGGUCAUUGAAAAAGAAAAGGAUACAGAGAGCCCCCAAGAAGAUAAGGUAUGCCAAGCAUCUGAGAUAGCAGUCACAAGCAUGGAGACAGAAAAACAGGAAAUAGAUAUUCAUGCUAUCCCAGAUAUUCAUGAGAUAGCGGUUAAGGAAAGCUCUGCCCAAGACUCUGAAGACAGCAUAAAGGAAUGUGUUGAAGUUGAGAAAGUAGCAGUUGAAUUAGACACAGAAGCUCAGCACCAUGGUAGUGAGGCAUCUGACACCAAAACAAACAGUGAUCCUACAGAAGAGAAUAAAAAUUCAGUUGAUCCUGGUGAGAAGCUUGAAGGUGCACCUGAAUCAGUGGCUGAAGAUCAAAGCAAUGAAACUCUCCUUGAACUGAACCAGACUCAAAUUAAGGAAAACAACAACAAUGUUCAGGAUCAGAAAAGUGAGUCUGUUGAAGAACAGAAUAUUGAACAAGGGCUUCAAGAAGAUGAAAAGGAUACAUAUGAGGAAACAGAGUCCAGGUCAGAUGCUAGAGAUCAUAUUAAUGAGAUACAAAAUGCAAAUGAAACCACAAGUGAGAAGACAGUGGAUAUCUCCCACACUAGAUCUGAAGAAUCAGAAGAAAUUAAUAAGGAGAUCAUACAAGAAGCAGAAACUUGUUAUAACAAGCUCAAUCCUGCAUCUGAAAAGGUGGAAACAGAAGAGACAGGCUCAUGGGAAGCUCAACUAGAUGAAAAGCCUCUAAAGGGCAGUGAGACUAGUUCUGAAGAGAAGACCCUACAAACCACAGCUGAAACUAGUCCACAGGGUGAAGAAGGUGAAAGCAUGAAGCUUGAAGAAACCACUGAAUUGAUGUCUCAAUUUCCAGCUGUUGCAGGUGAGAAUGCAGACAAGGAGAGUGGCAUUGUGGAAAAGUCACAUGUAGAUGAAGUUGAAGAAACUAAAGGAGAUUCUGAAACAGUAUCUGAGUCUAGAGAACAAUGUGUUGAAGACACUGAUGAAACACAGAAAAGCCUAACUGUGGAAGAAUCAGAAGGUAUAAUUAAAGAAGAAAUCAAAGGACCAUCUGAAUCAGUGUCUGGGUGCAACCAUCAAGGUGUUGAAGCAGUUAUUGAAGAUGAAAUUAAUGUUAUGCAGACUGCCGCAGCAGGAAAAUCAGAAGAGCAACAUCAGGAAACAUCCAAAACAUUGCUUUCUGAAGAACAGGACCAUGGAAUUACAGCCAUAAUUGGGUACUCAGAAGAUGAAAAGGCAAAGGAAGGUGAAAUUUCUGGAUUGGUACUUGAACUCAAUGAGAACAUACAGCAAAUUAAUCCGAUUGAACCACCAAAAGAAGAAUGCAUUACUCUAGAUGAAGUAUCACAGUUAGAGCAUCAAGAAAAUGCGUCUGCAAUAAAAUGCUCAGAUUCUCCAACAGAAAGUGACAAAGUCAUGGAGCUGUCAGAAGAGGUGCCUGAGGAAGCUGAGAAAGCUGCAGAAGAACGUGAAAACAUCAAAGAACGGAUCAUAGAGAGAGAGAGAGAGAUCAACGAAUUUCCUGCAGUAUACAUUGAAGAUGAAUCAGUUGACAAGGAGCAACAUUCUGAGACGGUAUCCAAUGAGAAUCCUAGCGCAACAGAUUCCGAAGUGCAAACAGAAAAAAUGAACCUAGAGGUUGAGGAAGAUUUCAGCAAAGACCCUGAAGGAUCUCCCGUUACAAAAGCAAUGGAAGAAGAGAUGCUACAGAAACAGGGUAGUGAGGAGAAAGUGGACGUCUCCAGCUCUGUAUCUGAAAUAUCAGAAGAAAUUAAGGAGGAGAUCAUAGAAGACGCGGACACUUGCUCUAACAAUAUUGAUACUGCAUCUGAAAAAGUGGAAACAGAACAGACAAGCUUGCAGGAAGCUCAGCUGGAUGACAAGCAUAUAAAGAUCAUUGAGACUAGUUCAGAAGAUAAGACAUUGCAAACAAACACCGCAACUGAAACUAUUCCACAGGGUGUAGAAGUUGACAGAGUUAAGCUUGAAGAAACCUCUGAAGGGGUGUCUCAACUUCCAGCUAUUGCAUGUGAGAACAGAAACAAGGAGAGUGAAAUUGUGGAAAAGCCACAUGUAGAUGAAGUUGAAGAAAUUGAAGGAGCUUCUGAAACAGUAUCUGAGUCCAGAGAACAAUGUGUUGAAGAAAAUGAUGGAACACAGAAAAGCCUAACUGUGGAAGAAUCAGAAGAACGUAUAAUUAAAGAAGAAAUCAAAGGACCAUCUGAAACAGUGUCUGGAUGCAACUAUGAAGGUGUUGAAGCAGUUAUUGAAGAUGAAAUCGAUGUUGUUCAGACUGCCACAGAAGGAAAAUCAGAAGAGCAACAUCAGGAAACAUCCAAAGCAUUGCUUUCUGAAGAACAGGACCAUGGAAUUAUAGCCACAAUUGGGUACUCAGAAGAUGGAAAGACAAAGGAAGAAGAAACCCCAAAAAAUGAGAACCUAGAAGAUUCUUUUGCCACAAAGACAGCAGAUUACAUGCACUUGCAAAAGGAAGAGCCCAGGGAGCUCGAACUUUCUGGAUUGGGGCUGGAAGUCAAUGAGAACAUGCAGAAAAUUAAUCCAAAUGAACAACCAAAGGAAGAAUGCAUUACUGUAGAUGAAGUAUCACAGCUAGAGCCUCAAGAAAACGUGUCUGCAAUAAAAUGCUCAGAUUCUCCAACAGAAAGUGACAAAGCCAUGGAGCUGUCAGAAGAGGUGCCUGAGGGAGCUGAGAAAGCUGCAGAAGAACGUGAAAACAUCAAAGAACUGAUCAUAGAGAGAGAGAGAGAGAUCGACGAAUUUCCUGCAGUAUCCAUUGAAGAUGAAUCAGUUGACAAGGAGCAACAUUCUGAGACAGUAUCCAAUGAGAAUCCUAGCACAACAGAUUCCGAAGUGCAAACUGAAAAAGGGAACCUAGAGGUUGAGGAAGAUUUCAGCAAAGACCCUGAAGGAUCUCCCGUUACAAAAGCAAUGGAAGAAGAGAUGCUACAGAAACAGGGUAGUGAGCAGAAAGUGGAUGUCUCCAGCUCUGUAUCUGAAAUAUCAGAAGAAAUUAAGGAGGAGGUCAUAGAAGACGCGGACACUUGCUCUAACAAUAUUGAUACUGCAUCUGAAAAAGUGGAAACAGAACAGACAAGCUUGCAGGAAGCUCAGCUGGAUGACAAGCAUAUAAAGAUCAUUGAGACUAGUUCAGAAGAUAAGACAUUGCAAACAAACACCGCAACUGAAACUAGUCCACAGGGUGUAGAAGUUGACAGAGUUAAGCUUGAAGAAACCUCUGAAGGGGUGUCUCAACUUCCAGCUAUUGCAUGUGAGAACAGAAACAAGGAGAGUGAAAUUGUGGAAAAGCCACAUGUAGAUGAAGUUGAAGAAAUUGAAGGAGCUUCUGAAACAGUAUCUGAGUCCAGAGAACAAUGUGUUGAAGAAAAUGAUGGAACACAGAAAAGCCUAACUGUGGAAGAAUCAGAACAUAUAAUUAAAGAAGAAAUCAAAGGACCAUCUGAAACAGUGUCUGGAUGCAACUAUGAAGGUGUUGAAGCAGUUAUUGAAGAUGAAAUCGAUGUUGUUCAGACUGCCACAGAAGGCAAAUCAGAAGAGCAACAUCAGGAAACAUCCAAAGCAUUGCUUUCUGAAGAACAGGACCAUGGAAUUAUAGCCACAAUUGGGUACUCAGAAGAUGGAAAGACAAAGGAAGAUGAAACCCCACAAAAUGAGAACCUAGAAGAUUCUUUUGCCACAAAGACAGCAGAUUACAUGCACUUGCAAAAGGAAGAGCCCAGGGAGCUCGAACUUUCUGGAUUGGGGCUGGAAGUCAAUGAGAACAUACAACAAAUUAAUCCAAAUAAACCACCAAAGGAAGAAUGCAUUACUCUGGAUGAAGUAUCACAGUUAGAGCAUCGAGAAAAUGUGUCUGCAAUAAAAUGCUCAUAUUCUCCAACAGAAAGUGACAAAGUCAUGGAGCUGUCAGAAGAGGUGCCUGAGGGAGCUGAGAAAACUGCAGAAGAAAGUGAAAACAUAAAAGAACGGAUCAUAGAGAGAGAGAGAGAGAUCAACGAAUUUCCUGCAGUAUACAUUGAAGAUGAAUCAGUUGACAAGGAGCAACAUUCUGAGACGGUAUCCAAUGAGAAUCCUAGCGCAACAGAUUCCGAAGUGCAAACAGAAAAAAUGAACCUAGAGGUUGAGGAAGAUUUCAGCAAAGACCCUGAACGAUCUCCCGUUACAAAAGCAAUGGAAGAAGAGAUGCUACAGAAACAGGGUAGUGAGGAGAAAGUGGACGUCUCCAGCUCUGUAUCUGAAAUAUCAGAAGAAAUUAAGGAGGAGAUCAUAGAAGACGCGGACACUUGCUCUAACAAUAUUGAUACUGCAUCUGAAAAAGUGGAAACAGAACAGACAAGCUUGCAGGAAGCUCAGCUGGAUGACAAGCAUAUAAAGAUCAUUGAGACUAGUUCAGAAGAUAAGACAUUGCAAACAAACACCGCAACUGAAACUAUUCCACAGGGUGUAGAAGUUGACAGAGUUAAGCUUGAAGAAACCUCUGAAGGGGUGUCUCAACUUCCAGCUAUUGCAUGUGAGAACAGAAACAAGGAGAGUGAAAUUGUGGAAAAGCCACAUGUAGAUGAAGUUGAAGAAAUUGAAGGAGCUUCUGAAACAGUAUCUGAGUCCAGAGAACAAUGUGUUGAAGAAAAUGAUGGAACACAGAAAAGCCUAACUGUGGAAGAAUCAGAAGAACGUAUAAUUAAAGAAGAAAUCAAAGGACCAUCUGAAACAGUGUCUGGAUGCAACUAUGAAGGUGUUGAAGCAGUUAUUGAAGAUGAAAUCGAUGUUGUUCAGACUGCCACAGAAGGAAAAUCAGAAGAGCAACAUCAGGAAACAUCCAAAGCAUUGCUUUCUGAAGAACAGGACCAUGGAAUUAUAGCCACAAUUGGGUACUCAGAAGAUGGAAAGACAAAGGAAGAAGAAACCCCAAAAAAUGAGAACCUAGAAGAUUCUUUUGCCACAAAGACAGCAGAUUACAUGCACUUGCAAAAGGAAGAGCCCAGGGAGCUCGAACUUUCUGGAUUGGGGCUGGAAGUCAAUGAGAACAUGCAGAAAAUUAAUCCAAAUGAACAACCAAAGGAAGAAUGCAUUACUGUAGAUGAAGUAUCACAGCUAGAGCCUCAAGAAAACGUGUCUGCAAUAAAAUGCUCAGAUUCUCCAACAGAAAGUGACAAAGCCAUGGAGCUGUCAGAAGAGGUGCCUGAGGGAGCUGAGAAAGCUGCAGAAGAACGUGAAAACAUCAAAGAACUGAUCAUAGAGAAAGAGAGAGAUAUCAAGGAAUUUCCAGCAGUAUCCAUUGAAGAUGAAUCAGUUAACAAGGAACAACAUUCUGAGACAGUAUCCGAUGAGAAUCCUAGAGCAACAGAUUCUGAAGUGCAAACUGAAAAUGUUAACCUAGAGGUUGUGGAAGAUUUCAGCAAAGACCCUGAAGGAUCUCCCAUUACAAAAGCAAUGGAAGAAGAGAUGCUACAGAAACAGGGUGGUGAGAAGAAAGUGGAUGUCUCCAGCUCUGUAUCUGAAAUAUCAGAAGAAAUUAAUAAGGAGGUCAUAGAAGAUGCCGACACUUGCUCUAACAGUAUUGAUACUGCAUCUGAAAAAGUGGAAACAGAACAGACAAGCUUGCAGGAAGCUCAGCUGGAUGACAAGCAUAUAAAGAUCAUUGAGACUAGUUCAGAAGAUAAGACAUUGCAAACAAACACCGCAACUGAAACUAGUCCACAGGGUGUAGAAGUUGACAGAGUUAAGCUUGAAGAAACCUCUGAAGGGGUGUCUCAACUUCCAGCUAUUGCAUGUGAGAACAGAAACAAGGAGAGUGAAAUUGUGGAAAAGCCACAUGUAGAUGAAGUUGAAGAAAUUGAAGGAGCUUCUGAAACAGUAUCUGAGUCCAGAGAACAAUGUGUUGAAGAAAAUGAUGGAACACAGAAAAGCCUAACUGUGGAAGAAUCAGAAGAACGUAUAAUUAAACAAGAGAUCAAAGGACCAUCUGAAACAGUGUCUGGAUGCAACUAUGAAGGUGUUGAAGCAGUUAUUGAAGAUGAAAUCGAUGUUGUUCAGACUGCCACAGAAGGAAAAUCAGAAGAGCAAAAUCAGGAAACAUCCAAAGCAUUGCUUUCUGAAGAACGGGACCAUGGAAUUAUAGCCACAAUUGGGUACUCAGAAGAUGGAAAGACAAAGGAAGAAGAAACCCCACAAAAUGAGAACCUAGAAGAUUCUUUCGCCACAAAGACAGCAGAUUACAUGCACUUGCAAAAGGAAGAGCCCAGGGAGCUCGAACUUUCUGGAUUGGGGCUGGAACUCAAUGAGAACAUACAGAAGAAUAACCCAAAUGAACCACCAAAGGAAGAAUGCAGCACUAUAGAUGAAGUGUCACCAUUAGAGCCUCAAGAAAAUGUCUCUGUGAUAAAAUGCACAGAUUCUCCUGUGGAAAGUGACAAAGUCAUGGAACUAACAGAAGAGGUGCCUGAGGGAGCUGAGAAAGCUGCAGAAAGGGAAAACAUCAAAGAACUGAUCAUAGAGAAAGAGAGAGAUAUCAAGGAACUUCCUGCAGUUUCCACUGAUGAAUUGGUUAUCGAGGUGCAAGUUCUGGAGCCAGUUUCCAGUGAAAAUCUUGGAGUGACAGACCCCAAUAUGCCUGCAGAGAACUUGAACUUAGAGGUGGAAGAUUCAAGUAAGGAACCAAUAGGAUCUCCCAUUACAGAAGCAUUGGAAGAAGAAAUGUCAGAGAAACAAGAUGGUGAGAAGGCAAUGGAUGUCCUUAGCUCUGUAUCUGAAAUGCAAGAAGAAAAUAUUAAAGAGGAGAUCAUGGAGAAAGCAGACAUUUCCUAUAGCAAGCUUGAUGCUGCAUCUGAAAAGGGGGAAACAGAAGAGUCAAGCUCGCAGGAAGCUCAGCUGGAUGACGAGCCUGUGAAGAUCAUUGAGACUAGUUCAGAAGAUAAGACACUACAAACAAACACCAUAACUGAAACUAGUCCACAGGCUGAAGAGGUUGACAGAAUGAAGCUUGAAGAAACCUUGGAAUUGGUGUCUCAACUUCCAGCUAAGGCAUGUGAGAACACAAACAAGGAGAGUGAAACAGUGGAAAGGCCAAUUGCAGAUGAAAUUGAAGAAACCACAGGAGCUUCUGAUACAGUAUCAGAGUCCAAAGAACAAUGUGCUGAAGAAAUUGAUGAAACCCAGAAAAGCCUAAGCCAGGAAAAAUCAGAGGAAGAUAUAAUUAAAGAACAAAUCAAAGGAGCAUCUGAAAUGGAUUCUGAAUCAAAAUAUCAAGGUGUUGAAGCAGUAAUUGAAGAAGAGAUCACUGCAGGUCAAGCUAUCCAAGCAGAAAAACCAGAAGAACAACUCGAGGAAGUGUCUACUGCAAUACUUUCUGAGAAGUUAGAAGAUGAGAACAUAAAGGAAGGUGAGAUCCCACAAUACAAGAAUCCACAAGAUUCUUUUGGCACAAAGACGUCAGAAAAUACAUGCUUGCAAAAAGAAGAGCCCAGGGAGCUCGAUGUUUCUGGAUUGGGGCUGGAUAUCAAUAAGGAUGUAUCAAAGGAAGAUGGCAAUGGUGUAGAUGGAGUAUCACAGUAUGAGCUGCAAGAAAAUGCAUCUGAGUUAAAAUACACAGAUUCUCUAUUGGAAAGUGAGAAGGUGAUGGAACAAACAAGAUCCAUCAACAGCGCUCAACAGGAGGCUACAAAAGAUGACGAGAAUUUGGAUUCAGGGAUUUUCAACAAUAACCCUGAUGUCCUCACUCAUUCACCAGGUGAAGAAAUUUUACAGGAAGUGGAUGAAAACUGUGAGGAGGCUUCCAACCUUGAGUGUGAAAAUUUUGAAAAGGCUUCUGAACCUGUAUUGGACCUUCAGAGUACUGAAAUUGAUGAAGCAGUGGUUGGAUUGGAAGUAGGAGCUCACAUUCAGGGAAGUGAUGCUCCUAACACCAAAAACAGUGACAAUCUUAUAGAAGAGGUACCUCAGGGAGCUGAGAAAGCUGUAGAAAGUGAAAACAUCAAAGAACCGAUCAUAGAGAAAGAGAGAGAUAUAAAGGAACUUCCUGCAGUAUACAUCGAAGAUGAAACAGUUAAUAAGGUGCAACAUGCUGAGGCAGUAUCCAAUGAGAAUCUUAGAGCAAUAGAUUCCAAUAUGCAGACAGAAAGACUGAACUCAGAGGUUGCAGAAUAUUUGAGUAAGGAUCCAGAAGGAUCUCCCAUUUCACAAGCAUUGCAAGAAGAGAUGUCACAGAAACAAGCUAGUGAGAAGACAGUAGAAAUCACUAUCUCUGUAUCUGAAAUGUCAGAAGAAAGUUUUAAAGAUGAGAUCAUAAAGGAAGCAGACACUUGUAGCAAGAUUGAUACUGCACCUGAAAAAGUGGUAACAGAAGAGACAAGCUUGCAGGAAGUUCAGCUGGAUGACAAGCCUCUAAAGGGCAUUGAGACUAGUACAGCAGAGAAGAUCCUUCCAACAAACACCACAACUGAAAGUAGUCUACAGGGUGAAGAAGUUGACAGCCUGAAAGUUGAAACCUCUGAGUUGAAGUCUCGACUUCCAACUAUAGCAUGCGAGAGUGCAGACAAGGAGAGUAAAACAGUGGAAAAGCCACAUGCAGAUGAAGUUGAAGAACCCAAAGGACCUACUGAUACAGUAUCCGAAUCCAGGGAACAAUGUGUUGAAAACAUUGUUGAAACCCGGGAAAGCCUGACCCUCCAAAAGUCAGAGGAAAAUAUAAUCAAAGAAGAAAUCAAAGGACCAUCUGAUACAGUAUCUGAAUGCACAUAUCAAAGUUUUGAAGCAGUUAUUGAAGAUGAGAUCACUGCUGAUCAAACUAUAGAAGCAGAAAAUCCAGAAGAGCAACUUCAGGAAAUGUCUACUGCAUUAGUUUCUGAGGAACAGGAGCAUGGAAUCAGCACCAUAACUACAAAGUUGGACUAUGAGAACACAGUGGAAGAUGAAACCCCACAAUAUGAGAAUCAAGAGGAUUCUCUUGGCACAAAGAUGACAGAAGAGAGAUGCUUGGACAAGGAGGAAUCCAGGGAGCUUGAAGUCUCCGAAUUGGAACUCAAUGAUGAUGUACAGAAAAAGCCUUCAAACGAAGAGCCAAAGGAAGGGGGCAACUUUCUACAUGGAAUAACACCAUCAGAGCCUCAAGAAGAAGCUUUUGAGAUAAAAUGCAGAGACUCUCUAGCAGAAAGUGACAUGGAACUAACAAGAUCCAUGGACAGUACUUCGCAGGAGGCUUCAAAGGAUGAUGAAGAUUUGGAUUCAGGGAUCUCUAUCAAGAAUGUUGAUGAUGUCCUUCCCCCUCAUUCAUCUGGUGAAGAAAUUUUACAGAAAGUGGAUGAAAACUGUGAAGAAGCCUCCAACUUAGUUCACAGUGCUGAAGUUGACAAAGCAGAAAUCGAAUUGGAAGCAGGAUCUCACAGCCAUGGAAGUGAAGCUUCUAGCACUGAAAACAACAAUAAUCUUACAGAAAAGAACAUUGAAUUAGCUGAUCUGGGUGAGAAGGUUGGAGGGGGACCUGACCUCGUAGCUGAAGAUCAAUGUAAUGAAACUCUCCCCGAAACAAACCAGACACAAGUCAAUGAAAACAGCAGCAGUGCUUGGGAGCAGAAUACCAAAUCUAUUGAAGAACAAAUUAUUGGACAAGGAUUUCAAGAACGUGAAAAGGAGACAAUUGAGGAAACAGAAAGCAAGUUAGAGUCCAGAGAUCAUAUUAAUGUGAUACAAAAUGAAAAUGAGACAACAAAAGAUGUCAUUUCAGUUGAAGAGGUGCCUGGGGGAGCUGAGAAAGCUGAAGAAAAAGAAAACAUCCAAGAGCUGAUGAUAGAGGAAAAGAGAGAUAUUAAGGAACUUCCUGCGGUAUCCAUUGAAGACGAGACUGUUAGUAAGGUGCAACAUUCUGAGCCAGUAUCAUGUGAGAGUUUUAGAGCAAGAGAGUCCAAUCAGGAGACAAAAGAAGUAAAUUUAGAGGAUGAGGAAGACACAUGUGAAAAGACAGAGGAUGUCUCCAGCUCUGUAUUUGGACUGUCUGAACAAGGGGUUAAAGGGGAGAUCAUAGAUGAAGCAGACAAUUAUAACAAGCUUGAUACUGCAUCUGAAAAGGUGGAAGCAGAAAAGACCAUUUGGCAGGAACCUCAACUAGAUGAUGAGCCUCUAAAGGGCAUUGAGACUAUUUUGGAAGAAAAAACACCACCAAUAAUCAACACAACUGAAAGUAGUCCUGGUGAUGAAGAAGUUGAGGCUGUGAAGCUUGAAAAAACUUCUGACUUGGUGUCUCAACUUCCAACCACUGCAUAUGAGCAUGCAGACAAGGAGAGUGUAAUUGUUGAAAAGGCACAGGCAGAUGAAGUUGAAGAAACCAAAAGAGCUUCUGACCCAGUAUCUGAGUCCAAAGAUCACUGUGUUGAAGAAAUUGAUGAGACCCAAAGAAGCCUAACCAUGGAAAAAUUGGAAGAAGACAUAAUUGAAGAAGAAAUCACAGGAAGAUCUAGCACAGUAUCUGCAUGCAAUCAAGGUGUUGAAGCAAUUAUUCAAGAUGAGAUCAGCAGAGAGUCUCUCAAAACAGGAAACUCAGAAGAGCAACUUCAGGAAAUGUCUACUGCACGGCUUUCUGAAGAGAAGGAGCAUGAUAUUACAACCACAAUUGGAAAGUCGGAAGCUGAGAACAAGAGUGAGAAUGAAACCCCACAAAAAGAAUGUCUGGAAGACUCCAUUGGCACAAAGUCUGUGGAGGAAAUAUGUUUGCAGAUGGAAGGACUCAGGGAACUCGAAGUUUCUGCAUUGGCACCAAAACUCAGUAAUGUCAUACAAAAGGAGAGUCCAAAUGAAGUGCUAAAGGAAGAAGGCGAGCCUCAAGAAAAUGUUUCUGAGAUAAAAUACAUGGAUUCUAUAACAGCAAGUGAAGAAGUUAUGAAACUAACACGAUCCAUUGACAGUUCUUCACAGGAAGCUUCAAAGGAAGAGGAAAUUUUGGAUUCAGGGAACUCCAACAAUAAAGCUGAUGAUUUCUCGAUUACUCAUUCAUCAGUAGAAAUUUUACAACAACUGCAAGAACAAUGUGAGAAAACCCCCAACCUUGAGUCUGAAAAGAUUGAAAAGGCUUCUGAAUCUGUAUCUGAAGUUCACUAUCCAGAGGUAUUUAUCAAAUUAGAAGAGCCAGAAGUCAAGGAAGAGCAUCUCAAGACAUCAGUAACUGAGACGAGAGCAGAAGAAAUUCCACAUGAGAAAACAGUUGAGGCAAAUGAAAUCAUAAAGAAUGAGAUUUCAAAUGAAGAGAUUGCAGACGAAAAGCAAGUUGCUGAGGACUAUCAACCAUGGUCUCUCGACGAAGAAACAAUCAGAAAGAGCCAACAAGAAGAUGAACUAAAGAAUGAAGUUGAACACGAAGAGCUGUAUGGGGAAUCGCAAGAGGGUGAAACGAAUGAGGACAUUGAGAAACAGAUCAUAGAUGAAGCUAGAACCGUUGAGCACCCUCACUUAGUCUCUUUCGGGGAUGAAAGUCUCAAAGACAAUCUUCCAGAAGAAGCAAAGGGGGAAAGGAAUGACGAGGUGACAGAUAUUAAAUUGGACCUUGCAAAUCAGAGUGAUGAAACAGCUCUAAGUGAACAGGUUGAUUGCUCUGAUAUUCAGUUGGUGAGGAAAGACCUGGACAUAGCGGAUACUAAUGAAGACAAAGAAAUUGUAAUCACAAAGGAUGAGGACUUAAAACCAAACCUUGAUGUUCUACCAGCAACAAGUGCAGCAGCAGAAGAAGCAUCACUUCAGAAAGAAGGUGACAGAAUUGGGGAAGUCUCUGAAUCAGUUCCUCAGGAGCCAGUCCAUGAAACCACCACAAGAAAUGAAGAAAUUGCAACUGCAAUUACUGAUAAUUCAGAGAACGUCAUGGAAGAUAAGAUGCAUACACACACACCUCUUCAAUUGGCAUGUAACAAACAUGAUGUUUCAGAAGGCUUGAACCUGAAAGAUCCAGAGGUUGACACCAAUGAAAAUGGCACUUCACCUCUAUCUGAAAUGUCAUGGGAAGAAAUACCAGAUAAAGAGGGUGUGAUCAGUGAUGAAGAGAGACAACAUGAUCUGACAUCUGGCAAGCAAACAAUAGCUGAAUCAAUGCCAACAGAAGAAAAGGGUGCUAAGGAUGAAGAAAAGCACGCUAAGGAUGAGGAAGAGCACACAAAGGAUGAGGUAAGCAUCAUUACUAUUAUACUUGGAAACUCAACAAACAUGGAAUCCCCACGGAUAAAACUUGACACUUCAUCUGGUGCACAGGAACCAAGACAGUUUUCAGCUAGGGGCAGUGAGGGAAAGCUUGAAGAAGCUGAGAUGCACAGCACAAAAUGUAAUAAAGAUGGGGAAAUACAAGAUCAAAUUGAAAAGCUUAAUGCUUCAUCUCAAGUACAGUAUUCAUGCAUGGAGAUAUCAGAAAAAGAAGUCAGCAUGGAUCUUGCAGAAGCCAAUGAAUCCACUCAAGACAUUAAGCAGCUAGAGAAAGGCUCUGAUGAAACAUCUGAAAAGCAUAUUCCAAGAGAAGCAGAACCAAAUGAGAGCACAGAAGUAAUGAUUUCAAGUAGCAAAGAGGAUGUUCAGCUAGUGCCACAGGACCUACUUAGAAAAACCUUCCAGCAACCUGAGGUAGAAUCACUGGAAGCUGUAAAUGUUUCUGGGAUUGAAUCAGGAUUGAGAGAAAAAGACUCUAGAGGAGAGAAAACAAUGGGUGAUAUAAGCAAAGAACCAGCUGCUGACUCCACACCAAUGGGUCCUGCUGUGUCAUUAUCCGACCUCCUCCAGAGAUCUGUAAAAGAAACCUUGCAAGCACCUGGAUGCUUGACUGAAGAAAAAGAACCAAUGGCCAACCAAGAAGACGUGCUAGCUAAAGAAGAACAAGCCAUUAAGGUUCAAGAAGCAGGAACACAUGAAGAUAGAGAUGAGGAAGAGGAGGGAGAUGAACAUAAAAAAGACGAUUCAGGCUCUGAUGCUCCCAUCAUUGUAGAAGCCUCCAGAGAUAUGAAUGUUAAGGAUGGGCAUAAGAAAUCUCAUAAUAUUCUGUCAGGAGUUGGGUCAAAGGUUAAGCAUUCAAUUGCCAAGGUGAAGAAAGCCAUCACUGGCAAGUCUUCUCACCAAAAGCAUUCAUCACCAAAAGGAACAGCCACCAAAGUAAAGGAACAAAAAUAGGUUAUUUUCAGCAGUUAAAACCAGUUGGAAGUUUGUUUAAUCUGAAACAUUUAUGCAGAAGGGCUUGUGUGUAGUUUAUUUUUCUUUGUAGAUUAUCAGGUUGUGAGUGUGGUGUGCAUUUCUGUAGUGAAAGUUCAGAAUCACUAUUUGUGUAAAGUCAGUUAAAAAAUUAAGUUGUUGUAACAUAUUACAAUCUCCACAUUGCAGACUA